AUGCGCACCUCGUCACUCAUCCUGGCGGCGGCCUCCGCCGUCUCUGUGUUUGGCGCCCCCCUGGAGAAGAAGGCCAACUACGACCCCCUUCCCGGAGGCGACUCCACGAUCCUGAACUACGCACUUACUCUGGAGUACCUCGAGAGGGCCUUCUACGGCUUGGGGCUCCAGCUGUUCUCCGAGUCUGACUUCUGCGAGUACGCGGGCGAAGUUGGCCAGAGCUUCUACCAGAACCUGCAGACCAUCUACGAGGACGAGAAGACGCACGUCGACUUCCUCAAGACGGCCCUCGGGGCCUCCGCCAUCCCCGAGCCGUCCUUCAGCUUCCCCGUUACCGACGCCGAGUCCUUCAUCGGCCUCGCCAGCGUCCUAGAGGGUGUCGGCGUGUCCGCCUAUCUCGGUGCCGCCGCCGUCAUCGCCGACAAGGCCUACCUCACCGCUGCGGGCUCCAUCCUGACCGUCGAGGCCCGCCACUCGUCCUACAUCCGCGCUGCCCUCCGCCAGAAGCCCUUCCCCGCCCCCUUCGACACCCCGCUCAACUUUAACCAGGUCUUCUCUCUGGCCGCGCAGUUCAUCGCCGGCUUCGCCCCUGGCACCCCCGCGUUGCCGUUCAAGGCCUUCCCCGCGCUGACCGUCGAGGCGAUCAGCGGUUCGACGGCCGUUCUCUUCGAGGGCGCCUACAAGGCUGCCGUCGAGGCCAAGACCGUUCCCCAGGGCGACGACGUCUAUGCCGUUUUCUUCUCUGGCCUGGACACCUACUACAGCAAGGUCACCGUCAGCGGUGCCGACUACGUCGCCUCUAUCCCCGCUGGCCCCAAGGGCCAGGUCUACAUCGUUCUCAGCACCGCCAACGGCAAGGACGCCAAGGUCUCUGACGAGAACACUGUCGCUGGCGUUGGAAUCCUCGAGAUCUAA